UGAGUAAUGUAACAGAAAUUAAUUGCAGGGAGGUUUAAUUUCCUGGCAACAUGAAGCCAUAAAACGGCGGUGGCCGGACGGGGAAUGCGAUGGCAAGCGGCGGCAAUAGCAACCAGGAGACGGCACCAAUACCUUACCGUCCAUAUCGGCAGAAGAAAGUGCUUACGGCGCAUACACGCGCCGUCUCCUGUGUGAAGUUCUCCAACAAUGGCGAGCACUUCGCCUCCGCCUCCUUGGACAAAACGCUGAUCGUCUGGUCAACCGAAACCCUAAGUAAAGUCUCCCAACUCGACGGCCACUCCGACGGAGUCUCCGACCUGGCCUGGUCGUCCGAUUCCACCUACGUCUGCUCCGCCUCCGAUGAUCGCACCCUCCGCAUUUGGGUUGCGCGCGACGGCGAGUGCGUCAAGACGCUCCGCGGCCACACCAACUUCGUCUUCUGCGUCAAUUUUAACCCCCAGUCCAACCUCAUCGUCUCCGGCUCCUUCGACGAGACUAUUCGCGUCUGGGAUGUGCAGACGGGCAAAUCCGUGCACGUGAUCCGGGCCCACUCCAUGCCCGUCACCUCCGUCAAUUUCAACAGGGACGGAUCUCUCAUUGUCUCCACCAGCCACGACGGCUCUUGUAAGAUAUGGGACGCAGCCUCCGGCACCUGCUUGAAGACCCUUAUCGAUGAUAAACUCCCGGCCGUUUCCUUCGCCAAAUUCUCCCCCAAUGGCAAGUUCAUACUCGUCGCCACUCUCGAUAACAAUCUUAGACUCUGGAACUACUCUACUGGCAAAUCAAUCAAAUCAUAUGCAGGCCAUAAGAACAGUGUGUAUUGCAUUGCAGCAACGUUGUCGGUUACCAGUGGGAAGUAUAUCGUCUGUGGCUCUGAAGAUCAUUGCGUGUGGCUAUGGGAUCUGCAAGGAAUGAAUCCACUCCAGCAGUUAGAAGGGCACACUGAUACCGUCAUCUCUGUCAGUUGUCACUCUAAAAAGAACAUGAUUGUCUCUGCAGGGCUGCAUAAUGAUAGAACUGUGAGGGUGUGGGUUCAAGAUUAAACAAUGUUCUGCAACUCUUCCUGGUUUUGCCUCUGGGAAAUUACCAUAACAAAGAAAGAUCAUAGUAAUCUCUAGCUAAAGAAAGAUCUCCACAACAUUGGACUGUCAAAAUGGCAGUCCUUUAAAGUUUCAAAACUCUCUCAGAAUUACGAUAUCUGUAGUGUUGAUACACUGUCUUCUUCUUCUUUUGUCAGACCACGAGGUGUCCUGAAAGCAUAUCUUAACUGUAGGAGGCACCUUUAAGCCCCUACCAUACUUAGACUAAUCCAUGUUUGCACCGUGCUGGUCC